AUGGCCGACGGGCACGGCUGGUGGAAGCUGACGUUCCUGCGGAAGCGCCAGGCGGCGGCCCCGGUGCUGUACGAGAGCCCCGAGGGCCCCGCGGCGCCCGGCGCGGACGGCGCGGACGGGAGCGGCCCCGAGGGCAGCCCCGGCUUCGCCGCCCGCCUCGAGAAGAUCGUGGACAAGAGCACCAAGGGCAAGCACGUCAAGGUCUCGCACUCCGGCCGCUUCAAGGAGAAGAAGAAAGUGCGGGCGACGCUGGCCGAGCAUCCCAACCUGUGCGGGGCCGGCGAGCGGCAGGAGCAGUGA